AUGUCAACAUUAUGUAAUGUUUACAAAUUAAUAGAAACCGCCGAGCAAGAAACAAAAAGAGGUAAUCUGCAAAAUAGUAUAAUAUACUAUAAAGAAACAUUAAAAGAGAUUAACGAAAUUACAGAUAAUAUAGAAGAGAGUGGUUUGUCAAAUAAUGUGAUAGAAGCUGUUCAAUUGCUAAGAAAGGACGUAUCUCAAACUAUAUACGAUAUUCAAAACGUACUGCAUGUUGAUAAUGAUUUUACUCUCCCAGUUAAUAAUAAAAUAGGUGAAAACACAGAAUUCUUCAAAAAUGGAUCUAACAAUAAUUGCCCUAGUAGUUCAGAUUCCAAUGGCAUAAAUCAAAAUUUUCUUGGAUCAGUAUACCUAAGAAUGAACCCUUCUGUAAUGCAACCAGGAGGUGCCAGAAUGUGGGAAAAUAUUAUAAGCAAUGACAAACUUAUUCCUAACAAUGAUCCAUUAUUUCUGGGGAUUAUUAACAAACUACAGAGUAAUGUUAUUUUAUCUGUUUCUAAUCAAACUAAAGAUAUUCAACAGAAUGAAGAAGGAACACAAUCAAUUGAAGAAAAGAUUCAACAACAUGUCGAACAAUUUAGAAAAGAAGUAAGUUGGUAUGAGCAAAAAAAGUAUGAGGAGUACGAGAAUAAAAUACAAGAGAUAGAAAGGGAAAAUAGGAAGUUGAAUUUACAAGUUGAUCGUCUAAAACAACGUUGGGAUAGUUUAGUAGAAAGUGCAAAGGAGAGAAAGAAGAAAUAUUCUGUUGAUUCAGCUUAG